ACCAUUUAGGCAGCCCCAACACCAACAGGCAACAGCAUGUCGAGGGCUCUCCUGAUGGUAGUAGCCCUGGCCGCCGUCCAUGGGCUCAUCACGCUCACCGGCGUCGACGCGACCGUGGUAGCGACAUGCCUGGCGGCGUCCAACAGCGACCGGCGCGUCAACUACGACUUCUGCGUGUCGGAGCUGAACAAGCACCGCGACAGCCCGGGCGCCGACACCCCGGGCCUGGCCAAGGUGGCGGCCAACGUCGGCGUCAACAGCGCCGGCGGCGCGGUCAACGACAUAGAGGCCCUGCUCGCCGCCAAGCAGCAGCCGCCGCCGGACGCCAGGACCAGCGCCGCGCUGCGCCUGUGCGAGCAGCUCUACUACGACAUGGAGCUCGCCUUCGCGGGGGCCUACGACGAGAUCAACGCGCUCAACUACACGGCGGGGAAGCAGAUGGCCGCCGACGCCGACUCGCUGGUGCGCCGGUGCACCGGCGGCUUUGCCGAGGCCGGGCUCGUGCCGCCGGAGCCCGUCGCGCGGCGCAGCGCGUACGCCGUGCAGAUCGCCAUCGUGUGCACGGCCAUCACCAACCUCAUCAUCAGUCCAUGAUUCAAGCGAUGCGUCAUGCAGAAUAUAAUGAUGCCCCCCAUCAUUCCUCUCCAAGCUUAAUAAAUCUUGUAUUGUAGACCAAAUUUAUUGGAAGGUUCUUCCACCAGUAAACUACAGAGGUGGUAGAUUUUGAUUUGAUUAUUUCCUCAUCUUUGCUUUCUCUUGUACCAGCACAGAUCCCAAAUUAGUGAAAGUACAUGCGAUGGUAAAUGAAUCCAGCAUUACACAAGAAAACAUUAUAUUGGAGUAA